CCCCGCCCCCGCGGAGGGGAGCGAGCGCUCGCGGGCCCGUGGUGGGUUCGGCUGCGCUGCGUGAGGGGCUGAGGCGGCCGUGGUGGCGCGAGCGCAGGGAGCGGACAUUGGGUUCCUGAACCUCGGUGCUGAAGACAGCGAGGCCUCCAGCACAGGGUCAAACAGUGCUGCUUCUUGGAAAAACUGAAAAAGCUCUCUGGACGACAGGGGCCCAGAGCUGAUGGCAGACAAUGUCAGCCACUAACAACAUAGCCCAGGCUCGGAAGCUGGUGGAACAGCUCCGCAUCGAAGCCGGGAUCGAGCGCAUCAAGGUCUCCAAAGCCUCCUCCGAACUCAUGAGCUAUUGUGAGCAGCACGCCCGGAACGACCCCCUGCUGGUGGGAGUCCCCGCCUCGGAGAACCCCUUUAAGGACAAGAAGCCUUGUAUUAUCCUAUAGCUUUAUCUUCCCUCUUGCUUGGCUCUUCCCCUCCCCACCCCCACCCCCAGCCAGGGCAUCUGUUCAGUACACAGUCAAGCAAAACUCUUCAUUCCAAAAGAAACGCAAAAAGUUGCCAUCACCCAGGUGGGGUAAAAUGUAUCCUCUGGGUUCAGAUGGAUUUUCAGACCCAACAUCGCAGCCCUGUCAGGGGCCGGGCUCCACCACCACUUCUGACGGGGAAUAGCUGAAAUGCCCAAGCGAUGUGGUAACAGUUUUUGAAAACUGCGUUGCCAUUUGAGUCAUGGUCUAGAGCCGAGCUGGGCCGGGAGACGGGAAGGAGGUGGGUGAAUUAGCCGCUGGCGUGGGUGACCCAGCCGGGUGGCAAGUCUCACACAGUUGGCCAUUUGUGAGGACUUCAGCCAGGUUGAUGAUGUGAUGCUUUUGACCAGGGUGUGUUAAGUGGAGAAAAAUUGGGUGGAGUUGGGAGGAGGGACAUAAUGAACUUUUUUCAGAAAUUUUUCUCCUUUUCAUUUAAAACCUUGUAAUUCCGUACCGCUAAAAUCGGGUGUCAUUGGCUGAACCUGUAGCUAAGCUGGGUUGUGUGACAAUGCACACGUGGAUUUCAGGGGCCGGGAGGGGGGCUUUGCCUGUGAAACGCACCCCUGUCACCCAGGGUCACCCAGCUGUGUGGCUUUUGUGUGGCAUGUGUCAUCCGACAGCCAUGCUGAGGCCCCUUCCCUUUCCUGGGGACCCCGCCCAUCCCAGAAACGGAUUUUCAGCCUGUGGCUCUGGUCACUGCAACGGCCAGCUGUGUUUUCUUUAGUUUUAAGCACGAGACAUCAGCGUGGGCAGUUAGAGGCUAUGGUCAUAUUUGGCUCUUCUGUGUUUUUUUCUGUUUUUUUCCACUUUCUGCAUCUCCAUGGCCAUUUUUCAGACAGAAAUGCAGCCUGGGGAGGCCAGCCCGGGGGCCCCCUGGUGCUUCAGGAUAUAAAAAGGUGCGAGGGAAUUCCCCGGUGGUCCAGUAGUUAGGACUCCACGCUUCCACUGCAGGGGGCACGGUUUCCAUCCUGGGGAACUAAGACUAAGAUCCCGCAAGCAAGCCGGGUGGGCGGCCAGCCAAAAAAAAAAAAAAAAAAAAUAGGUGUGAAAUUGUCUGGAAGUAGCUGCAGAGGCCCUGGAGGUGGGAUCCUUUGCCCAGAAAUGGAGAGGCACUGGCAAUGCUCCCCUCUGCGCUCACACCCGGCCACCCAGAGCAUCUGUAAGGUGUCGUGUAGUUGAUGGUGAGGGCGGGCUGGGGGGCUCUUUUACAAUUGCUGUUUCCUCUGUUACGACAAAAACAUUUAAAGAGGUGGAGGCAGAAGGACGGGUCAGAUGCACACCUGCUUUCCUCGGCCUGAUCCCCGGUGGCCCACCUGCCCGUGCGGCCCCGCGGGGGCGGGCUGGGAAGUCAGGAUCCCAGGCCCCCUGAGCAGGAGGGCCCUGGGCAGCCGGCACAAGGCACGCAGGCUGGUGGGACCCAGAGCCCUGAGCUCCUCUCCCGACGCCUCUGCUCCCCUCGCGCCCCUGGGGCUCAGUCCGUGCACAGCUGCAAAGGCUGGCGGGACGCCCGGCACCCCCAUCGCCAGCUCCCGCGGGGUGCAGACCCAGGGCCAAGCUUCUCCCCAGCACCCAGCUCUCUCCGGCCGGUCCGGGAGCACCUGGGGCUUUGGGGAGCUCGCUCCCCCACCCCUGCAGGUGAAGGGGGAAAGCCACAAAGCCCCCCACCCCACGCUGCUGCCCCCGUACACUGCGCAGGCAGCCAGCGUCCCAGGGGCGCCUGGCCUGCCCACGCCUGGCAGCACAGCAGGACAGAACAAAGCCUGUUCCAGAAACCCCGGGCACACCCCACGGCUGGGGGUUGGGGAAGCCAGGGCACAGCGGGGCUUAGCCCGAGGGUCAGAGGGGCAGCUGGCAGAACGAGUCUGCCGGCGAGGACAGCCCACCAGCCAUCUGCCGACUGGUCACCCUUUUCUCCGGGACAGAGAAGCCUUAAUCCCUUCAGCCUGAACUUGGUCUGCGCACACCCAGCCGUCCUCCUGCGCCCCUAAUGUCCCAGCCUCCCGCUGCCAGGCCCCGAAGAGGACAAGGGGUCCUGGUGCUGAGGUCACAGGUCCCCGGGCUCAGGCCUGCCCUCUCUCUCGGGUCCCUGCCCUGCCAGCUGUGCCAAGCCUAUCCCCACCGCGUGUCCCCGCCGACUGACCCCGAAGAAGCCUGCGGGAAGCCAAGCCCAGGACCCCUGGCCGAUGGGGUGGAGGGACCCGAGUUUGGCAGCCCCAUCGCUGGCUCCGGGCUCAGCUGGCCGAUGGCCGCCCCUCCCCACCCCCGCAAGCCCUGAAGCAAAAUCGCACCGGGCCAGAGGCCCCCGAGUCAAGACCCCAGGGACCCAGCGGUCUGGGUAAACUGAGGCCCAGAGAGGGGGAGGACCACCAUCCCCCAGCCCCGCCCUAUGGCCACACCUGCCCUGCUGCUCCCCAGGUGCCCGCAGCCUCGGAGCCCAGGGAGGUGGCAGUGGGCAAAAGCCCCACCGUGGGUUUCUUUCCAGCGGAGGAAAAAGCGCUCUUUUCCUUUUUUUUUCUUCUUCAACAUCAGGGUCCCCAGCACAGGCCUGAAGCAUCAGGGCACACACAACAGUGCGUUCUGCUUGUGCUUUCCUGGUGCAAGUGUCAGCGUGAAACCAUGGUUUUCAGGGCGUUCGGGGGGCUGUAAGUGCCCCGCGAGGCCGGGAGCCGGCAGUGGCAACGCGGGCCUCGGGGAAACCGGCGCCUCUCAACCACAUCCCGGGGGAAUUAAGGACACAGGCACCCAAAAAAGGCAGUGCUGGGCGACACGGGGUUUCUGUCUGCAGCCUGCAGUGUUUCCUGUGGGCCUGGCCCGGCCCGGCCCCUCCCCCACCUUCCCGAAAGGUCACCCCCCCCAGGCCAAGAAUUAAGUGACUCGGUUGUGACCUCCAGCCCCCUUGGACGGAUGGGGAUGCAGAAGGUGCUCUUUCUUCCUUUGAUGUCCCGGCCACCCUGUCCUGUCGUCGCUGGGCCUCCAGGCAGCUCAUCCAUCUCGAGCCCCGGGCGGGCAGGAAAAGGCCAUCGGACCCCCGCCCCAAGCAUGAGUGACCAGUGGCAGUUUCCGGGCCACGGUGAGGCCACCACAAGUCGCUCGCCCUUCAAGAACCUGCCGUGGGGGCCCCUGAAAAGAAGCCAUAUGUCGACACCACUCCCCCACUCCCCUCCCCCCCCCCCCGCCCCGUUUCCUCCUCUGUUGUCAGAGACCAUUGCCAAACAUUGUAAAGACCGGUUCCCGGUUCUCAGAAAGCAAUCUCUGGUUCUAGUGGGUUCUACCCCAUCUGCGUUUGGAUGUCCAGUGCUUUUUAUUUCUGAUUUUUAAAAAAUUCCAGGUGUGCCACACCCACUUUCCUGCAGUGUUUGAAUAUUGUGUGGAAUUGUUAAUACCAAGUGAAUUAAUGCACAAUAAAAAGGCUCACUGUUCCUUUC